AUGGUGACUGCUGUGGUGGCUUGUGUCUCAGCCUGGUUUGGAUUAAAUCUACAGCCAGUUCCCUUGAACGCCCUCAGACUCCAACGUCAAUUUGCUACCUUAACAUCUCCCAGAAUGCCGAAGAAGGUGCCGACGCCGUUCUGCUUCUACAAACUUAGUCUGCAAUGGCCACCUGCUGCAUGUAAUUCUGGCGACAUGACUUGCAAAGCACCUAUCCCUAAAAAAUUCACCAUUCAUGGUUUAUGGCCACAAAAUAGCCAUGACAAACCAGUGCCUCCUUACAAUCAAUCAAAUCCUUGUACCAGUGUCGAACCAACUCCUGCCAAAAAUCUCUCAAAUGAGCUGGAACUAAUUCUAAACGACUUAAACUCAGUAUGGCCAAACUUAAAGGACUCGAGGAAAAACUUAAAAUUUUGGAAGCAAGAAUGGACAAAACAUGGGAUGUGUUCUGAUUUCCCUAACCGCCCUCGUGACUACUUCAACUCUACCGUACUGCUCAGGAAUUGUUAUGAUCCAGUUAUGGAACUUACACCUGGAUCAAAUUAUACGGUACAACAAGUUGCAGCUGCAGUUCAAAGUGCAGUAGGAGCCUGUCCUGAGAUUGCUUGCAACAGAGACCAAGUGAAUAAGACACUCCAACUGUGGGAGAUCCGUUUAUGCUAUAAAAGGACAAUGCCCCCCAAGAUGGUCCAAAACUGUCCAAAAUGUUUCUCAGGCGAGUGUCAAAGCCUGACUGAUAGUAUAACUUUCCCUAACUAG